AUGAGCAUUGUUUCUGCUUCGUCCACUCCACACGUUCUUGACAUGCUGCCAGCAACUGGUGUUCGCAUUACGAUUGACCACCCAACAAGGAAUGUGCAGCUCGAUCAAUUGUCAACCAUCGUACACGAUUGCGUUCAAACGCUUGUGUCAGCCCUUCAUUCGAGAGCAUCGCUACUUGCUAAUUGUGGACAGCUGAAUGACGCCAUGAGCGAUGCAGCAGCCACCAUGAGUAUUGCGCCUACUUCACCCUUUGGCUAUCUCUGUGCAGGAAGAAUCUUUUCUUAUCGAGGACAACACGCGUCAGCUAUCAAGAUCUAUGACGAUGGGUUGCAACACGUACCAAGACUACAUGAUCAGUAUGCGCAGCUCUUAUCAGCAAAAGCGGUUUCACAACAAAAGAUCAAUACGCGUAUCGACUUUUUCAGCUGGUUGCCAUUGGAGAUAGUGCUUUCAAACCUUAUCCCAAGGAUUUUCGAUGGUCAGACCGUGGUCGAUAUUGGAAAAGAAGGACGUUACUUGGACGUGUCUCGUACAUGGCGGGAGAGGAUAGCAAUGGCAGACGGUUUCACGUUUCGUGUUGGCACUUUCCCAAGGUCUUCGUCUAAGGGUUUAUCAGCAAAGGAAUAUGACCAGCUAUUGGAUAUGGCACCUUAUAUCAAGUCAUUUGCUGUGUGGGGUCUUCAUGAAGGAAUAGCGGAUCAUCUAACAGGUGGCACCACGUUUACAGCACUGAAGAAAUUACAUGUUGACGGCGUUCAUUCACGACCACUCAUCAGAUUGCUACCACUUUUAAAUGCAUUGGGCGCAUCAAUGACACAGCUCACUAUGGACUAUGGAUACUCAUGUACAUCUGAAACGCCAUACCGACUAUGCGAUUAUCUCGAAGCAUGUCCGAAUCUGGCAGCGCUAUCGAUUUCAAAUGGAGGAUUUGAUACGUCCUUUGUAUUUUCUCAGUACCCAAAGCUCAAAAAACUGGACCUCAGCAAUGCCAACGUAUCGAUGGAUGAGGAUACAAUGUAUGCAUUCCUUCGACCGCUUCCUCAACUACGCCUGUUGAGCAUCAUACCCACGCCAAGUUCUUCCAUCUUGCCAGCCAUUCAACAAGCAUGCCCAUUAUUACAGCAACUCGUCUUUUCAAAUACGCUACCUCGUUUUCUCCCUGAUAUUGGUGACAUACAAGACGAUGAUAGUGGAUUACGUGUAUUGGCUGUGAGGGAUCCGGGAAAAAGAAAAAGAUUCAGGGGCGAUGAUAUGAUGCGAUACGUCGUGGAGCAUAGUGAUACUAUUGAGAGCAUCGACAUUGGAGCCGGCUUUGAAUUUUCAUCAAGCCUCCUAUUGCAAGAAGAGAUGAACAUCGAAAUGACAUUUAUGCGACUGCGCCAAAUAUCGUAUCCUUCCCAUGUCGACGAGUGUUACAUCCCUUUGAUCGUUUGGUUACUACAGCAUGCUCCUCAACUGAGAUCAGUGGAUACCAUAUAUGGAGAUUUGCAGGCGCCUGUUUUUCAAGAGCUCAUGAACCCAAACCAUCAACAUUUUACGAGGAUUGGAUUAAAGGCAGAUGGGUCUUCGCAAGAGAAUGAGAAGCGCUUUAUACAACACCAUAUCAGUUGUGGCCAUCAAUCGAACGUGGAAGUGAUCCAUAUCGAAGUCGUGAAGCACUCGCUAUCAGAUUCAUGGAUCCUAUUGAUUACGCAACUUACACAAUUGAGGCAGCUUGAAGUUUGCUGUAAAGGAUCCUCGGUAAUGGGUGACGUUCUAGUACCCUUUAUCUCCAAGAUCGCUUCUGGUUGCCCUGCAUUGGAGCGCUUUACAUGGAUGUCGCCAGAAUCACCUGUUGACUACAAAAUUAUCAGCAUCAUAUCGUGUCAUACCAAUCUCAAGACCCUUAUCAUCAAUAGCACUCAUUUGAGUGGUGAUCCAUCGUCGCUACCUUCCUUUAUACAACGUCUUCAACGCCUGCAAGAAUUUCAUCUCGACCUUUAUUUGUUGGACGCUGAAAUUUACGCUAUAUUCAAGAGCUCAACAUUCGAAUUCGUAUACACACAGAGAACGAGGCAUCACCACUAA